AAUAAAACCAAUUCCCAAAGAAUAAACUUCUCAAUGUCAACUCUCUCUUUAUCUCUCUUGGGUUCUCCUGUGUGACUCUGUCUCUUCUUCUUCGUUAGGUUCCACCAUAAAUCAACCAAACUCAUUCUCAGGCUCUCGAGAAACCAAUCUUCAAGCGGCUAAGCUUUUACAAUUUCUCAAUUCUCUUCGUCUUCCUUUUUUUUGACAAAUGGGAAAUGGAGUCACCACUUUGAGCGCCUGUUGUACCGGAACCGUCGCCGGUGAAAUUUCCCGGCGGUUCGACGUAUCUCUGAUUCACGACGGACUUGGCCACUCGUUCUGCUACAUACGACCGGAUCUCACCGGAUUAGUAUUACCUUCUUCUACGCCGGAGGUUCCUCUCCGGUCAGAACCAAUCCCAGAAACCACCACCACUUUCCGCUCAAUCUCCGGCGCAUCGGUCAGCGCAAAUCCCUCAACGGCUCUCUCCGGAGCUCCACCUACGGAUUUCGAUAGCUCGUACAGCUCCGCCGUCUCCGCCUCCGCAUUCGAGAGCUCCGGUAAUUUCGCUUCUCUCCCUCUUCAGCCAGUGCCGCGUGGCGCCACGUGGCAAUCGGGUCCGAUUGUUAACGAGUCAGGUCACGGCUCAGCUCCGUUUGAGCGUCGUUUCUUAUCGGGUCCGAUUGAAAGCGGAUUGUAUUCGGGUCCGAUCGAGUCGGCGAAGAAGGCGGAAAAAGAGAAACCGAAGAGGAUAGUGAGCAGCAAGAAAAGAAAACCCUCACCGAAAAAACCCAAAUCGAAGAAGAACUUUCUCACAUUUAAGUCCUUAUUCACGAAUCUAAUCUCCAACAAUAAACCUCGCUCCAAGAAGAGCGUGAUCGAGCCGAUCAACGGUGCUGAUUCACCAGAUUCCGAUCAUCAUCAUCAACCUGAGAUCAAUUCCUCAAGAAGCGACGAAAACCCUAAAUUUGACGAAGGAGAAGCUAAGGAAGAAGAAGAGAGCAUCGACUCUGUUUUGGACGUUCAAUGGGCUCAGGGGAAAGCAGGGGAAGAUCGUGUACACGUGGUUGUCUCUGAAGAAAACGAAUGGGUUUUUGUCGGAAUCUACGACGGAUUCAGCGGUCCAGAUGCGCCGGAUUAUCUCCUCAACAAUCUAUACACCGCCGUGCACAAGGAACUCAAUGGGUUACUCUGGAACGACGAAAAGCUCCCAACUUUUGGAGAAAACGGCGAAACCCAGGUCGGAAAAUGUUCCGAUGAGGACGAUUCCGAUUCGGUCAAAGAGAAUUGUCCCGUGACGACGAACAUUGACGAUGCGGUUGCUUGUGGUGCAAGAAAUCAAGAGAAGAGUGUGAAAUGGAGAUGCGAGUGGGAGAACAAAUCAAACAACAAGACCAGAUUAUCUGAUAACAAAUCAAAUUCGACGACAAGAAACCAUAAAGAUGUUCUUAAAGCUCUUUUACAAGCGCUUAGGAAAACCGAAGAGGCCUAUUUAGAGUUAGCUGAUCUGAUGGUUAAAGAGAAUCCAGAAUUAGCACUGAUGGGAUCUUGCGUCCUCGUGACAAUGAUGAAAGGAGAAGAUGUUUAUGUGAUGAACGUUGGAGAUAGUCGAGCAGUGUUAGCCCGGAACCCUAAUUUUGCGAUUGGAAGAAAGAGGCAAAAGGAGUUGGGGAGAAUUAAGGAAGAUAGCUCAUUAGAAGAUAAAGAAAUGUUGAUGAAUGGAGCAAUGCGUAAUAGUUUGGUUCCUCUACAGCUUAACGUGGAACAUAGCACAAGAAAUCAAGAGGAAGUGAGAAGAAUCAAGAAGGAACACCCUGAAGACGAUUGUGCAGUAGAGAAUGAUAGAGUAAAAGGUUAUCUUAAGGUCACUCGUGCAUUUGGAGCUGGAUUUCUCAAACAGGUUGAAUCUUUCAUCUCUACUUUUCCUGAAGGCGAUCCAGCUCAGCAUUUGAUCCAAGAAGUCCUACUUCGUGCUGCCAACAAAUUUGGUAUGGAUUUUCAUGAACUACUGGAGAUACCACAGGGUGAUCGGCGGAGGUAUCAUGAUGAUAUAUCAGUGAUUGUUAUCUCACUUGAAGGAAGAAUAUGGAGAUCGUCGAUGUGAAUUUUAUUGUUUUUUUCAUAUAUCUCAAUCUUUUUAAGAAAUAAUUACAAUAUUCGAUCGGGUUGGGUUUUUUCUCUCUCUAAUUCCGAUUUGAUUAUUUUUCAUAUGGUGUAUUUAAUGUUUACCUAAAUAGUUUAGUGAAAACACACAUCAAAAGUGGGCAUAUAAAAAUAUUAUUCUUUGGCUUUUUUUUGGUUAUAUGGGAAUUGGGUGCUUCUUCUAUGUAUACCAAAUCAAAUUUAUUGAUU